GGGCCCUGCCCUCUUCCGAGAGCCCUGAAAACAAUUUUAAGAUGGCGGCGGCGGCGGCGCGGAAAACAAUGGGUUCGGGGCGGCGGGGACAGGCCGAGGCCUGAGGUGGGCAGCGAACGCCUGCCCCGGUUGGGCCGAGCGGGGCCGGAGCAAGACCCGCCGCCGCGCUCGAGCCCGCUGCACAGCUCUCGGGGUCAUGGCGUGGCCAUAAGGCGGCCGGGCCACGGGCGGGGAGCGGAGCCCACAGUGCCAGCCGGCCCCGAGAGGCCCGACUUGGGCCCGGCCCGUGCAGCCCGCGGCCCAUGGUGCUGCCCACCUGCCCCAUGGCGGAGUUUGCGCUGCCGCGGCACAGCGCGGUCAUGGAGCGCCUCCGCCGGCGCAUCGAGCUGUGUCGGCGCCACCACAGCACCUGCGAGGCCCGCUACGAGGCCGUGUCGCCCGAGCGUCUGGAGCUCGAACGCCAGCACACCUUCGCCCUACACCAGCGCUGCAUCCAGGCCAAGGCCAAACGCGCCGGCAAGCACCGGCAGCCGCCUGCCCCGGCCCCGGCCCCGGCGCCUGCCCCGGCCCCCCGCCUCGACGUCACUGACGGUCCGGAGCACGGCCGCCCUGUCGCGCAUCUCCAUGAUACAGUGAAGAGGAAUCUUGAUAGUGCCACGUCCCCUCAGAAUGGUGAUCAACAGAAUGGCUAUGGAGACCUCUUUCCUGGGCAUAAGAAGACCCGCCGGGAGGCCCCUCUGGGAGUAGCUGUGUCUUCCAAUGGCCUGCCUCCUGCCUCCCCCCUUGGUCAGCCUGACAAGCCUGGCACAGAUGCCCUGCAAGCCAGCGGAAAGCACUCACUGGGGCUGGACUCUAUUAGCAAGAAGUGUCUGGCAGACUCAAGCCUCCACCCAAAUGGAGGCAACAACCCUGGUGAGUCAUUUCCCCUGAGCCGGAAUAAAGAACUGAAGCAGGAGCCGGUGGAUGACCUGCCUUGCAUGAUCCCAGGGGCUGGAGGCUCCAUAUCUCAAAGCAACCUCAUGCCUGACCUCAACCUUAACGAGCAGGAGUGGAAAGAGCUCAUCGAGGAGCUGAACAGGUCAGUGCCCGAUGAAGACAUGAAGGAUCUCUUUAAUGAGGACUUUGAAGAGAAGAAGGAUCCAGAGUCUUCUGGUUCUGCUACACAGACCCCUUUGGCACAGGACAUUAAUAUUAAGACAGAAUUCUCUCCAGCAGCCUUUGAACAAGAACAGUUAGGCUCUCCACAAGUGAGGGCUGGGUCUGCAGGACAGACCUUUAUGGGGCCUUCAUCUGGCCCUGUGAGCACAGAUUCAGCCAGCCUAGGGGGCUCUCAGCCUCUGUUCCACGCCUCUGGUCAGCCUGGGGUGGACAGUCCCAGUCCUAACCUGAUGCCGGCAUCAGCUCAGGCCCAGAAUGCACAAAGAGCCCUCUCCAGUGUGGUGUUGCCUAGCCAGGGCCCUGCCGGGGGCUCAGAACUGUCCUCUGCCCACCAGCUCCAGCAGAUCGCUGCCAAGCAGAAGCGCGAGCAGAUGCUCCAGAAUCCACAGCAGACUGCCCCAGCACCAGGUCCAGGCCAGAUGUCCACAUGGCAGCAGACAGGCCCCUCCCACAGCCCUUUAAAUGUCCCUUAUCCCAUGGAGAAGCCUGCCAGCCCUCCCAGUUACAAACAAGACUUCAGCAAUUCCAAAUUGCUCAUGAUGCCCAGUGUGAACAAGAGCUCCCCUCGGCCCGGAGGCCCCUACCUCCAGCCCAGCCAUGUGAACCUUCUGAGUCACCAGCCACCGAGUAACUUGGGUCAGAAUGCUGUGGCUAGCCAAGGGUCAGUGCUAGACUACGGCAAUACCAAACCCCUUUCUCACUACAAAGCCGACUGUGGGCAAGGCAGUCCUGGGGCUGGUCAGAGCAAGCCGGCCCUGAUGGCUUAUCUUCCCCAGCAGCUGCCUCAUCUGAACAAUGAGCAGAACUCCUUAUUUCUGAUGAAACCAAAGCCAGGAAAUAUGCCCUUCCGAUCACUGGUUCCACCUAGCCAGGAGCAGAAUCCUCCCAACGUCCCUGUACCAACCCAGGCCGCCAGUGUGGGGACUCAGCCGCCUGCUGUGUCCGUGGCCAGCACUCACAGCAGCACCCCCUAUCUCAGUAACCAGCAGCAGGCAGCUGUAAUGAAGCAGCAUCAGUUGCUCUUGGACCAACAGAAACAGAGGGAACAGCAACAAAAGCAUUUGCAGCAACAGCAGUUUUUGCAAAGGCAGCAGCACCUUCUGGCAGAACAGGAGAAACAGCAGUUUCAGCGCCAUCUGACCCGCCCACCACCCCAGUAUCAGGACCCAACACAGAGCACCUUCCCACAACAGGUUGGACAAUUCACAGGGUCCUCUGCUGCCUUGCCUGGCCUGAACAACUUGGGUCCAUCUAACUCCAACUGUCCUCGAGUGUUCCCUCAGGCUGGGAAUCUGAUGCCAAUGGGCCCUGGACACACUUCAGUUUCCUCUCUCCCCUCCAACUCAGGCCAGCAGGACCGAGGUGUGGCACAGUUCACUGGCUCCCAGAGCAUGCCCCAGAGCAGCCUCUAUGGCAUGGCUUCUGGCAUAACCCAGAUAGUCACCCAGCCACCGCCACAGGCCACCAACGGACAUGCCCACAUUCCACGGCAGACCAGCGUCGGCCAGAACACCUCGGUUUCAGCUGCCUAUGGUCAGAACUCUCUGGGAAACUCUGGUCUCUCCCAACAGCACAAUAAGGGGACCCUGAACUCCGGUUUAACCAAGCCACAGGUCCCCAGGGUGUCAGCAACCAUGGGAGGCCAGAAUUCCUCAUGGCAACAUCAGGGGAUGCCGAACCUGAGUAGCCAGACCCCAGGGAACAACACUGUAAGCCCCUUCACUGCAGCGUCCAGUUUCCACAUGCAGCAGGCCCACCUGAAAAUGUCCAGCCCGCAGUUCUCCCAGGCGAUGCCCAGCAGACCCAUGGCCCCCAUGAGCUCAGCAGCUGCAGCAGGGUCCAUGCUGCCCCCGGUGAGCACACAGCAGAGGACCAGUGCCCCUGCCCCAGCACCUCCCCAGGGAGCCCCACAGCAGGGCUUGCCGGGCCUGAGCUCAGCCGGGCCUGAGCUGGGGGCCUUCAACCAGAGCCCUGCCCCAGCGAUGGGCGGCCGGGCAGGGCUGCACUGCGCCCAGGCCUACCCUGUGCGGACUGCAGGCCAGGAGCUGCCCUUUGCCUACAGCGGGCAGCCAAGUGGCAGCGGGUUGGCCAGUAUGGCUGGAGAUGCUGACUUGAUCGACUCCUUGCUGAAGAACAGGACUUCGGAGGAGUGGAUGAAUGAUUUGGACGACCUUUUAGGGCCUCAGUAACAGGAGGAUGUGUGGUGUUUUCAGUGUUCAUAUAUCCUAUACUUUUGUUCUCAGAUUCAAGAAAGAGCAACUACUUUGGACCAAAAGCCCACCGCCCGAGGAGCUGGGUGGGUAGAGCUAAAGUCGGGGGCCAAGGCCUGGCCCUCGCAGGAUCUGUGGGGCCUGGGGCUCCCAGCCAGCAGUUGUGGUCUGUCAGGCUGGCCCCACCCCUCUGCUGGCAUCGUUACCUGGUGUUGGGAUAACAGGACAGGGUCCUAUAGGUGGUUUUCUAUCCAAAUGACCAAAACCAACAGUGAAGCCCCACGAUGUCAGGCUUAUAAAAAUCUGUGCCAUCGUGUUGACCUAAUCCAAGAUUUCUCCACUUGCCCCAGGGUUGGGGACAAAUUUUUGUUCAAACUUUAUAGCAGAACCAUUCGCAAUUUGUAGCAUAGAAAAGUUUUUUUUUUUUUUAAUUUUUAAGAUUUUAAAACAGAUUAGAAUAGGUGAUGGUUUAAAUUGAUUAUGUGGCAUUGGAAACCUGGGGUUUUUUUGAUUAAGAGCCUUUUUUAUUCCUGUUCUUUGUCAGCUUUCAGGGGAAGGGGAGGCUCACUGGAAAAUCAUUUCCAUUAAGUGCAGGCUCUAAUUGCAUGUGCCAAAAAGAAACAGGAUGCCGUGAAACAGCAGAGCUAGUGACACAGAUGUGGUCUGUCCCUCAGCUCCUCCUCCCAGAAUGCUGUUCUCCCAGGUUGGCAUUUAGGAGGACCUAGGCCGCGGAAUCCUCCUCCUACACCUUGGUAGCCAGACCCCAGGCAAUCCCCAGGCUAAAUGCUGAAAUGGAAUAAUUGGGGUUCCUGUGUCUUUUGUUGUAACUUCCUACCUUUUGCAGUUUCCCCAAAAACUCAUGUUUAACCUGUUAGGAAAGUGAUCAUUAUUGAGUUAUGCACAGAUGUCUUUCCUUCAUUCACACUGUCUUUAGUUCCCAUCUGCCUUCCCUUCUUUUUCUCUCUGGCCCAAAUGGAAAACCUCCUUAAGGCACUGAUCUACUAGAUUUAGGGGAAGAGAAUGAGUUGUUAGAAUUCCCUAGGGAAUCCUAGCAUUGUAAGGAGGGGGAGGUAUCCCCUCCCCGCAACGCAAAGGUUUGGGGGAAGGAGAAAAAGAAGCUUGCCCUGUUUGGCAGGGAGUGGGCGGGCCCGGCCAGAGGAAGGAGUGCCACUUUGUUUUACUACUUCUGCCACUCCCUCAUCAGAUGACUUGCACUUUUUAAAGAGAAUUGCUUUAUAACACUAAUACAUCCUUUCUAAAGAUUCUAGUGGAUUUCUCUUUUAUAAGUCUACAAAGUAAUGGACUUGACUAAGCUAAGAGUCCACAAAACAGUAUUACCUGUGACUGUGGAAAACAAAUAGAGAGCACUUCAACUUAUGGAAAGCGCAGGGUGAGACCCUUUUAAACAGUGUUGGAGAAAAAAUAGUACACUGAAAAGAGUGGCUUGUGUGCAGAGUGGUCUAUGGAGAAACCACAUCCCCAUUUUUGUUUCCCUGGAGCCUCAGAAAGAGUAAUUCAAGGAGUAUCGUAUGUAAGGAGUUGAGCCAAGGAAAAUAGUCACACAACCAGUUUGAGUGGCUUUGAGGGGAUGAAGGGUUGUACAUACAUUGGUAAUUAUUUUGCACCAGCAGUGCCUUUCAUGGGGGUACGUGGACCCUCAGAUCCUCUUCUCUAAUAGCCAUUUGGCACCAUGGAUGGUGUUUGGGCCAUUUCCCCUUUAAACACUUCCUUGCCUUCCCCAGAUGCUGAAUUUAGCUCUCAAAGAAGGGAAUGAAUCAUAAAGCCAGUGAAGACUCCACCCUCUGAGUGAGUUCCCCAAUCUAAAGGGGAAGAGGGUGACUUCAGCGGGUUUUCUACCAAAAAUAGCGGGCUGAAGGCUGGUGGUGGGUCCUUGUUCCUCUCCUGAUCUCUCUCUGGCUGCUGCUCACCUCUGUCCCCCGGCAGGCGCUCACGCCUCUGCCUCCCCCUUCUGGGGAGGGCUGCCUCUGCCUUAGCCCUAGGGCUGCCUAGACAGACAGCAGGCUUCUCACUUGCUUCAGUGUCAGAGCAAUAAAAUGUGAUGCUUAGGGUCUCCCCAGGGAGCUGCCCAUGGCUUUUAUUUAUGAAUCUGGUUUUUGGGUAGUCAGGGAAGGAGACAACUCCACUUCAGUGCAAAUCCCCAUCUUCCAGGAGCCAUGACUCAAAAGAAAAGGGUGCUCGGACUUUUGUUAUACACAUUUGCUUUGUGUAAAUAAAUGUUUACAAUUUUUUAUUAAAGAUGGAAUAAGUGUUA